AUGGCGGCCAACGGUAUUGCAAAUGGUGAAGGCGCCGGCAUUCCAGCAACAAAUCUCCUCGCCGCUUUCGUGGCUGAUGCAUCCACCUCGCAACUGACGCAGGAGCUUCGACAAAAGGUCAAAGAAGUCGUCAUCGACUGGAUUGGUGUAACUAUAGGUGCACUGGACGGGGCCGAGUCCACAAAGCCUAUCUAUGAUGCUAUUCUGAAGCUUCAGGGUGGGGACAUCAAUGGCAAAAAUGCAUGUACAGUCUUGGGCAAAGGCGAGGCACGUUUCCUCCCCCAGUAUGCUGGACUCCUCAACGCUACACUGAGUCAUUCCUUGGAUUUCGACGACACAUACAUUGAUGGAACGCUUCAUUCUGGAUGUACAGCCGUCUCUGCCGCUUUGACACAGGCUGAAAUGAAGGCAUCAGAAGUCAGUACUGAUCAAUUCAUGUUGGCCGUUGCGGUGGGCUAUGAGAUCACUUGCCGAAUUGGCCGGGAACUAGGCUUCGAGGCAUAUCACCGCGGAUUCCAUAACACAAGCACGGCGGGCAUCUUUGGCGCUGUGGCCGCGAUCACUGUUUUGAGAAACCUGCCCGCGAAGACCAUCGAGAUGGCGUGGGGUCUCGCGGGAUCCAAGGCGGCAGGUUCAAUGCAAUAUUUGGAUAAUGGCAGUUGGAACAAGCGACUUCAUCCUGGUUUCGCAGUACACGACGGUUUCCUCUGCGUGUCACUAGCCGAAGGGGGUGUGAUCGGGGCAACGAGAAGCAUCGAAGGGAAGAAUGGAUUCCUCAAGGCUUACAGUCCGAACGAGGAUAAGGAUUUGACUCGAUUGACAAAAGACCUCGGUCACAAAUGGGACUGGUUGGACAAUGCCUUGAAACCCUACCCAGCGUGCAGAAUGACGCACGCUCUCAUCGAGCUGGCUGGGAAUAUCCACACAGAAUAUGCAGCGAAGCACGGAAAGGCCAUCACGCCCGCCGACCUCGACAAAGUGAUCUUGUCAAUUCCGGCGAGCAACUUCAUCCUUGUUGGCGACCCUACACCAAACAAGAUCCACCCCAACAAUGUUGUCGAUGCUCAGUUCUCGGCAUAUUUCCAAGUAGCCAAUGCCCUACUUUACGGAUCACCCCGCGGUCUCCAAGGGUACAAAAGACUACAAGAGCCUGCUAUCCACGAAGUCUGUGCCAAAAUCACCGUGCUUCCCGAUGAGAAGGUCCGCGGGUUCCCAGGCCGCAUACGUUUGUUGUGGGAAAAUGGAAUUGAAGAAGAGAGAUAUCAAGAAUUCGCCUUGGGUGAAGUACAACAUCCAUUCACUCGCCCACGCGUGGAGGAAAAGUAUUUCGCUUUGGUGUCCUCCACAAUUGGUGAAAGCAGGGCCAAGGAGAUAUUGGACUGUAUCGAUGGAUUGGAGAGUGCGAGUGUUCAGGGAUUAGUUGAGCUACUCAGAUAA